AACCCUUUUUUGUUGCAAUAGAAAUGGAAAAAGCUUUCGAAAUACAAAGGCAGGCCAGGGAUAAUGUGAAAUCUUUACAAUCAUAUCUAACGGACCUCCAAAACUGGGAAACUGAGAUGAAACGUAAAGAGGCCGCACUAAACGGCGAGUUUGAGCAGGAUCUUCCUCCUGUGAGGAGUAAAGUCCGAAAAGAAAGGCCAGUUGUGUCGAAAAAGAAACAAGAAAAGAGGAUUCCCGCGGCUGACUACAAGGCUUGGGAAAAAUUUGAUGUGGAAAAAGCAUGUGAAGAAGUAGACAUGGCGGAUGUGGGGCCAGCGUCCCUCGAUAGCAAGCACAGUGAGAAAGACAAGCAGGAGAAGCUAAGAGAGGAAGCGCAGUAUGAGAAAGAGAGGGGUAAUACAUUUGUGAAACAAGAGAAAUGGUCGGAAGCCAUAGUUUGUUACUCGAGAGCCAUUGAGCUUGUGAAAGAUGACGCUAUUUAUUACGCAAAUAGAGGCUUGUGUUAUCUCAAAAAAGACAGCCUCCAUCAAGCCGAAAAAGACUGCACCGAGGCACUAAAAUUAGACCCCACGUAUGUGAAAGCAUUGCAAAGACGGGCCACUGCGAGGGAACGGCUAGGCUCGUUGAGGGCCGCUUCUAGUGAUCUCAAUGAGGUUUUAAAGCUAGAACCACACAAUGCCGCAGCAAGACGCCAGCUUGAAGCUAUCAAAGCUAGAAUGGGAACCAAAGGAGCGAAGUCUAAAUCAUCUCCAUCCACCACGCCAACCAUAGAAUCGCAACCGAUAACAAAAACCGCUCAACCGAAAGUGGUGGAACUAGAAACGAUUGAACCAACCCCACUCGAGAAAUGGAGGGAUGGUGUCGGAGAGAAUAUUACCGUUAUCAAACCUGUUAAGAAACCACCGCAUUUGAGAUCUAAGAGAGCGCUAAAACAUAUCCCCAUACAAGAAAUACCAUUGGGCUGUAGUAAACCAAAAGCAGUAUCUAAAAUAGACCUAGACAGUCUAGCUCAAGGCGAUACUAACAAUAAUUCGGAUACUAAGCUAGAUAUAUUGCCAAAAGAAGACGGAGAUAUAAUUCAUAAUGUAUCGGUGGAUAAAAUGAUCGUUCCGGUAAAUAGUGUGCAAUUUAUGAAUGAAUGGAAAUACUUGAAGGGUUCGCCUGAAGCUAGGGGGGAUUAUUUGAGUAUAAUAGAUCCAUCAGCGAUACCAUCGAUAUUCGCGAACGCUCUAGAAAGCGACGUACUAUCUCAAGUGCUUCACACACUACACGACUAUAAGGGCAAGUUCACACACGCCGGCCGCUACUUGCACGCGUUGGCGCGUGUGAAGAGGUUCUCGGCGCUGGCUAUGUUCCUGUCGGAUGGCGAUAAGGAAGUGGUGAACAAACUGCUGGUGCAUUGUAAAACAAAAGAGGGUCUCGCCGAUGAAGAAAUCGAAGAACUGAAGAAAAAAUAUGAGCUUUAAAUGGAGAAGAGUAUUUGUAUGAAAUAUCACUAUUAAUAAAAAUUAUUAAAGAAUUAAGAAUAAAUAUAUAGUUAGAUAAGAAACUUGUUAAUUUUAAAUGGUAGAUUUCAACCGACUUCAAUAAAGAAGGAGGUUCCAGUUCGACUACUUGUUUUUUUUCGUUUGUCACCGUUCGUCUGGAUGGACUGACUUUAAUGAUUCUUCGGUUUGUUUGAAAGCUGGGUCUGUUGUGUGGUCCUAAUUUAAUUUUGUUUAGAUCUGAUAAUUUGAAGGUAGUUUCGUUUUUUAUUAAAAAUAAUAAUUAUUAAACCUUAUUUUUAACUUUGUUUUAACUUUUCAAAGUAUGUAUAGGUACUUUGUUGUAACUUUCAAAAUAAAUGUAUUCUUGAAUGAUUUAUCCAAUUGCCUCAUUGAUUUAGACGAAUUGUAAUAAGCAGAUAGAAUGAUCAGAAACGGAUGUAAUUAUAUUUACUUUGUAUUGCUACUUAAGAAUCACUACAUAGUAUAAAAAAGUCACUGUCGCUGUCUGUCCGUCCGUAUGUUUGCUUAAAUCGCUAUAAAUACGCAACGGAUUUUGGAACAGUAUUUUUUAAUAGAUAGAGUGAUUCAAGAGGAAGGUUAUAGUAUAUAAUUUACUAAGUUUUUUUACAAAGCGGGCGAAUCCGCGUGCGAAAAGUUAGUAAACUCGAACUCAAUAUAUUUAUUCAAUUAGUAGAAGCACU